UAUGAAAGAGACACCACAUCAAAUCGUUACCAAGUACAAUAAUUACCGGACCAUCUGCACAGGACUAGGAUUUCAGAACCUGAGCUGUAAGGCCAACAACAAAGGAACAAUUGCAUUUCAUUCGUCACUUAGCAGUGACUUGGAGAACAUGGCAAAUCAACAGACAGUGAUAUUUGACAAAGUAACCUUGAAUGAAGGAAAAUGCUAUAAUGAGAAGACAGGUAUUUUUACCGCCCCUGAGGAAGGUGUGUAUACCUUCAGCUGGACAACCAUGACAAAAGGCAAUAAAUACGUUGUAAGUGAGAUGGUACUUGAUGGUAAGCCUAUCGCUUACAAUUACACAGACGGAAGAGGAGGCAUGGCAUAUACUAUGUCAUCAAAUACUGCCAACAUCAAACUGAGGAAAGGCAACAAAGUUUGGAUCAGAUCACACCAAAACUGGGGUCAGUUUGCUCAUGGUGGAAAUUGGAGUACUUUUUCAGGAAAUAAGCUAUAG